AUGCUGAAGCCCGUGGUCCUCUUAGUGACGCUGCUAGCACUUGACGUCUUCGCAAAGAAGAAGAAGAAGCGUCGGCGUGGCGGCAUGGACGCUCUAGCAGCCUUCACCACGGCCGCGAAACCGCCUUCGAGGACGGGCGUGAGCGUCAGCCUCGGCGGUUCGGGCGAGCUCGAGCUCAAGCUGCCACCCGCCUCCAAGCAAGUCUCCAUCGCCGACCCGGCCUCGCUGAUGAAGCACGUCGCCGGCGCGUGGGACAGCGUCGUAGCACCUCACCAGGCGGGCCUCACCGACCCAAAGGCUGGGCCGAUGAGCGGCGGCGCCCUCGCGCCGGAGGAGGCGUGGCACCACUACACCGCCGGCCAGCAAGGCGUCAUCGACUCAGCGCGCUUCCUCGUCGCCUUCAACGUGGUGCCGUCGCUGCAGCGCGGCGGAGGCGGCGAGCUGCACGCCGCCGCGGCGCGGGGGCUGGCGGUGCACGCUGCGACCGGCGAGGGCAUGACGGCACUGAUGGCGGCGGCGGCGACGGGGCAAGCGAAGGUGCUCGAGGCGUCCGGCAAUAACGGCGCAUCCGCGCUGCACAUUGCCGCUUCGCUUGGCCAGAUGCAGGCUGUCCAGGCGCUGCUGGCGAGCGGGUCGACUGAGGUCGACUACCCGCACCACUUCGCGAGGACGACGGCGCUGCACUUUGCCGCGGAGAUGGGGCACGCGGGCGUUUCACCAGGCGACACGACGCCGCUCUACCUGGCGGCGCAGCGGGGCUGGACUCGCGCGGCGGAGGAGCUGCUGACUCGUGGCGCGCUGCAGCUCAACUCGAUGGAGGGGACAACGCCGCUCAUCACCGCGCUCCAGUACAAGCACCCGCACAUCGCCGCGCGCCUCCUGGCGGCAGACCCGCCCCCCGACCUCACGGCUCGCGUGCCAGUCGACGGAGCGAGCGCGCUCUUCGUCGCCAGCGGCGAGGGGUACACGGAUCUCGUGCGGGAGAUGCUGCGGCUCGGGGCGCCGCCUGACCUUCCAAACAAGCACGGCGCCACCCCCCUCUCGCACGCCGCCUUGCGAGGCCACCUGCCGGUGUUGCGCUUGCUGCUCUCCGCCGGCGCGAGGGCGGACGGGGCCGCCGAGGGCGCCUCCGCCGCACUGGCGCCGCUGCACGCCGCCGUGUCGCGCGAAGGCAGGCUGCGGGGCAGAGGGCUCGCAGAGGCGGUGGCGGCGCUGCUGGCGGCGGGUGCGCACGCCGACGCCCUCGCCUUGGGCGGGGCGUCGGAGCGGGGGGAGGUUGCCGCCGUGAGGCUGCUCCUCGCCGCCGCCGAGCCGGGCAUCGCCAACCAGCCAGGGGGGCGGUCGGGCGCGACUGCGCUGAUGAAGGGGUCCGUGGCCGGCAGCGCAGAGGUGGUUGCAGCAUUGCUCGACGGGGGCGCGUCGGUCAACGCGACCGCUGGCGCUGCGAUGAGCGGCGCCACGGCCCUCUACCUCGCUGCGCAGUACGGCCACGCCCACAUCUGCCGGCUGCUGCUGCAGCGAGGGGCGUGGGCGACGCUGCUGCUGCAGCGAGGGGCGUGGGUGGACGCGCCGAUCGCCGAGCUGCACGUCACGCCGCUCUUCGUCGCCGCCGAGCGAGGCGCUGUCGACGCGCUGGAGGCGGCGCUCCUCGAGGGAGGCGCCGCCGUCGACGCGCCGAACUGGAACGGCGUCACCCCGCUGGGCAUCGCGGCGCUACGGGGGCACGAGUAUUACUGA